AUUCUCCAUUAUUCUUCUACUUUCUUUUGAAGUACUGCCAAAAGACCAAAGAUCAGGUCCUAUGAUUAGAGCAAUGGUUCAAAGGGUACGUGAGGUGAUGAUAUUCUUGUUCUUGGCCUUGAUCUCAAAAGCGAGUGGCGGCGGUGGCGGAGGUGGAAAGGCACCGAACAUUUGGCGGAGGGAGAUAGUUCCGCCGGCGCAGCAUCAGGCGGCGGAGAACGCGGCUUACUGCCUGAGCUGGCGGCUGGGGGUGGAGGCCAACAACGUAAGGGCGUGGCGGACGGUGCCUGUUAAGUGCCUCCGCUACGUCGAGACGUACAUGAUCGGCGGGCAGUACGAGAGGGACGUGGGGCUGAUCCUGGAUCAGAUCACGAGUUACGCCAAUGAGAUUGUCGUCUCCGACGAUGGUUUGGAUGGUUGGAUUUUUGACGUUGACGAUACUUGCAUUUCCAAUGUUUUUUACUACAGGGGAAAGAGAUAUGGGUGCGACCCAUAUGAUCCAUCAGGAUUCAAGGCAUGGGCAAUGAUAGGAGGGUGUCCGGCUGUUCCUGGUAUGCUUGGAUUGUUCAACAAAUUAGUGGAAAUGGGAUUUAAAAUAUUUCUUGUCACAGGCAGAGAUGAAGAGACUCUUGGCCAACCCACUAUUGAUAACUUGCACAACCAGGGAUUUCAGGAUUAUGAACGCCUCAUUAUGAGGACCGCAGCUUACAAAGGGCAGAGCGCAGUGACAUACAAGUCUGAAAUUCGGGAGCAAUUGAUGAGACAAGGUUACAGAAUAUGGGGCAACGUCGGAGACCAGUGGAGUGAUCUCCAAGGGGAAUGUUUGGGCAACCGCACUUUCAAGCUUCCCAAUCCCAUGUACUUUGUUCCUUAAUAAUUAACUAGCUACUUUUUUAUUUUCUGUUUGCAACUUGUGAUACCAAGAAGCUAAAAAAUUGCCCUCUCCAAGUAUAUAUAGGGCUCUAGUUACUACAAGUCUAAUAUCACAAGGGCUCUUUCUUUUUCUUUUUUUUUUUUUCCUUUUGAUCUUCGGCAAUUUCUUUUGUAAUA